AUGAGUGAAGAACCACGUGAACAAAUCCUGUCUGAUUUCCAAGAUUGCACAGGUUUAGAAAACAUGGAGGAGUGUAUUCAAAUUCUUCAGCAACAUGAAUGGAAUCUAAUAGAAGCUAUUCAAGCAGUGCAUGAGGGGAUUGGUGAUGGAAAUGAUCAUGAAUCGACAGUCCCAGUUUAUCAGACAAUCGAUGACCAGAUGGUUUUGACAGGGCACAACCCAAGUAUCACACGUCAGCCGAAUUCAUACGAUUCAGAUGAUGUUGAAAUUAUUGGAACAGUAUCUGCAGGAGCUCGUUUGCAAACCACUAGUGAUUCAGCCCGAAAUUUACAUUUUCAAGUUGAAUACCAUGAUCAGACAGAACACGUCCAUAUAUCUGAAAACGAAACAGUUCAUAAAUUGCGUGAAAAAGUCGCGGAAAAGGUUUCCGUUCCUGUUCAUCAACAAGAUUUCCUCAACUGGAAAAUGAAGAGUUUCGAUGAACGAACGAAAUUGCGCGAUCUUCGUCUUCCAUUAGAAAAUAUUAUCAAGCUAUCUUCGAUAAGAGAUGACUCUGCUCAAAUCUACAAUCAUACUACUACAUCAUCACAUAAUUCAGGCGAAUUUCCACUGACGGUGCUAUGUGAAGAUAAAUUUGGCUCGACAGUUCCAUACAAACUUCUUUUAGAGCCAUAUACAACGAUCCUCGAAAUUAAGAAACAUAUGGAGAACCUCGCACGUAUACCUAUACAUCAGCAACUUUGGCAAGGUUUACUAGGUGCAACCGACUCCGAUGCAUUGCGUCAGACACAAAUUGUUCAAAAUGGAACACUAGUUGUUCGCCAUUCAGGCACAUCACCAAAUCAAAAGCUAUCAACGACAAGACAGAAUUUAUCACCAUCAGCAAGUACUAAAAAUCAUGACGACGAUGAGAACAUGGACACUGAUCAUGAUAUAAUAGUAGAAGACAUCGAAGACAAUGAUAUCGGUGUUCUACCUUCGACGACGUCAACGACAACAGUCAGCGAAGGUCGAGAACCACUUAUACCUGACGAGUUUACCGAUGAAGUAUUUGCUCUUCAGCAUUUCUCGAGCGUCUUUCAGUCACGUUAUGGUUCAUCUGGUCCUAUACUACACAUGGGCUCACUAGAUCAAGCAUUGCAAGAGUCCCUCUAUGCGUCCAUACACAGUAGACGUCCACUGGCUAUUUAUCUCCAUAAUGAUCAAUCGAUUUGUGCAAAUGUAUUCUGUGCUCAGGUGUUAGCCCUUGAUUCGACUAUUGAAUACCUAGCGAAUAACUAUGUCUUUUGGGCUUGGGAUGUCACAUCAGAUGUUAAUCGAACACGGUUACUGGAAACACUUCGACGAUGUGUGGGCAAUCAAUGUGCACAGCGUGUUGGCUGCAUGGAAAAGAACGAUUUUCCAUUACUAUUGAUUGUCACUCGUUCCCGUGGAUUGUUAGAAUUGAAUAGUAUUAUCGAAGGCAAAAGUACGCCAAGUGAAGUUUUGUUAAAUCUUAUUCAGUCCCAUGAUUCAUUUGAACAACAACGAUUACAUGAUAUGGAUGAAGAAUUAAUGAGGGAAAAACGUGAGAAUCUUAAACGCGAACAAGAAGAUGAAUACGAACAAUCACGUCGAGCUGAUCUUGCUAAACAGCAAGCGCGAGAACAAGAAGAACGAGAGAGUAAAUUGCGAAUCGAACAACGCUCGCAACAACAACAAGAAUCAAAAGCUCGUCUCCCAGACGAACCGGACGAAUCAGAAAAGAAUAUCACUCGAUUAAAAAUUCGUCUACCCAACGAUGAAGGUAUACUGAUGAGACGGUUUCGUCUACAAGACAAUCUUCAAGUAUUAUUUGACUAUUUAACAAGCGAAGGACGAAUGUUAGGCGAAUACAAACUCUUAACCACCUUUCCGAAACGAGAUUUAACUACAUUGAACUCGACAGACACAUUCGAACAGUUAAAAUUAUAUCCCCAAGAGCAACUGAUUCUCGAAUCUUUGUAA